AUGCCUUUAAAAUUUAUUAGAAAUCUUCUACGUCGCUCUUUGGGAUCAAUUUGGGGAACAAAACUACAGUUGUUCGAUAAUCCCAGUUUUGGAGGACACACGGAGAAUUUCAGCGCAAGCUGUGAUGACCUAACACCCUACUUUCCCAAUGGUGUUGCGUCAAUCAUAGUAGAGCAAGACUCAGGACCUUGGCAAGCUUUUACUGGAGUCCACUAUCAGGGAAACUCAAAAUAUUUGUACCCUGGUAACUAUGAGGACCUCAACGAGCUAGGGCUCGAAAAACCCGUAAAAAGUUUUCGUACAGCUCCAAAGAAGCUCGCUUUGAAGUUGUUUGAAAAACAAAAUUAUGGAGGAACUAAAAAGGUGUUCUGGGCCAGCUGUGAUGACCUGAGCAGUCACUUUCCGGAAGGAGCCUCGUCAAUUAUGGUGAAUAAACAUUCAGAACGUUGGCAGGUUUUCACCGAGGUCCAAUUUAAAGGAGCCACAGUGACUUUGGAACCCGGAGGAAAAUACAAAGACACAGAAGAAAUGCACCUUGAAUGUCCCGUCAAGAGUUUUCGAAAGGCUCCUUCUGACACUUCAUUUCUUUGCCUUUAAAUAAAAGAUAAAGGUAUCAUAACAAGGUAAUAAUAUUGAAUGCGGGAAGAAAAAGCGCCAUCUGGGAACAAACUGUAAAGCGUUUAUCUACCCGAUUCAUGCAUGUAAUUCACUAAUCAGCGAUGAAAAUAAAUAAGAGAAGUUAGUGCAAUUCUGAGUUUCUGAAUGAACUGUUGUGCCACAUCACCGGAGAAGUGCAACACUCGUUGAAUAUCAGCUAAAUGAAAACGAAUAAAGGUGCUGAAAUCAAUCUCUGAGGAGUAUUAUAAAAUUAAAGCUAACAAAUCAAAACCCGCAACAUCGGGGCGCAAUGUCUUGAUCAACUGACGGUCUAAUGAAAAUACUUUAGUGCUUUAGCGAUACAACAAUGCCAUGCAAGGCUUGAAACACACUGUGGAAACAGUUGUUCUUUCUUCCACCUGAUUAUUCGUCCGCUAAUUUGUAAUGAAGAUUGUUUGGUGUUCUGGCGACGUGGCAAAUAAAAACAUAUUUUUAAAGAA